AGAGCUUUGGUUUUGGACUGAAGACAAAGAAAUCUAGAGAAGAUGGACUGGAAUGUGGGACCGCUCCAGAAUGCUGAUGCACAGAAUAACUUGCAAAGUCAAGAAGCGUGUUAUACUCAGGUGCUUUCUAAUGCACAGGCUUUUCCUCAAGCAAAUGCAUAUCCUUCUGAGAAUGGAUGUAAUUAUACUGGAAAUAACCAAAUGAUGUUUCUGCCAACUAGCAGUAUAAAUGUUGUCUUCACUCCUGUAAAUCCUGUAGGAUACAAAAAUUCAGACCAGACCUUUUCAAGAGCAUCUGUAGCUGGCAGUAGUUUUGCCACCUCAGAAUACGCGAUUGAUCGGUGUCCACCUUCCUGUGUACCAAUAGCACCAAAACCUCCUAAUUACACAUCCCAUGCGCAGGCACACACAGCUCAGAAGCCUUGGCAAAACUCCAAGGUGAAAGUUUAUUCCCGUAGGAAGUUAGCCCCAUUUCCUCAAACGAACUCUGCAAAUAACAUACAGAACAUUCCUCGGGAGCCCCAGAACCUGUAUGUUGCCACAAAUGGUUAUACUACACGGCCGCCAGUCCCACAGCUUAAUCCUGUGAGAACAACAAUGUUACAUCCAAGCAAUGCUCAUUCCCAGAGUAAUUCUUUGUCCCGUGGUACAUCUGGACAACAUAUCCAAAACCAAAUAUAUUAUCCCAGUAAUCCAUUUCAAGUUUCACAGUCACAGAAUCAAAAUAAUACCGUAAAUGUAUCCCUGCAACAGUAUGUACCAAGUCAGAUGACAUCGGAAACUCACAGUGGAUGUUCUGCACCACCUUUGUUGCCUGCCAACUGCGAUUCAAGGGCUGCAGCACAGCCUUUGCUAGGUGUUCAACAGGCAGUUCAGAAUAUGACUAACGGAUACACCCUAAACCAACAGAAGCACCCAUCAGAUCAAAAAAAUGCUUCUUGUUUUAACAAUGCUCAGCAAUACUGGCAGAAACAGCAGUCUGGAGAACUUAGUCAGUCAGUUAGAAAUGUCUGUAAUUUAAGCGGAAAUGUGACAGCAAGCCAACCUUUUAAUGAAACAUCGGCAUCAUCUCCUGGCAUUUCCGAAGUAUUGUAUAACAUUGUGCAAGAAGUAGGAAAGCCACCAAAUGAUACUGCUUCAGUUCAGGAAAGCCAGACUCCUAAUUUAAUGAACGCACCUAUUAACACUCAAAUGCCUUCGCUGACAGACAGUGGAACAAAAAUUACGAAGGAGAGACUGGCUUGGGAAGCGCAUAAGCUGCUUUCUAUUAAAAAAAAAUGUCACCUACUUGAAAGGAUGUUUAAUUAUAAAAAAAACCUCCUAGCAGCUUCAGAACCUGACAAAAGUACUUCCAUGCUUACUCCGUGUUAUCAAAAUUCUGUCAAUUUUCUUUCCGAAGUGCCCAAUCAAAAUGUAGCACCUUCCCUGUCUGAAACGAUGACGGGGAGUCAGCAACAGCCAAUUCUAAACUCUUCUUCUGGAGAAAGAAAUGACAAAAGCAUGACCAAUGUUGACAACAUAGGAUUAGAGAUGACUGCAAGUAAUCAGCAAAUGGACCAGGGAAGCUUUUCAUCAAGUUCUCUUCCCAUUCCAGCUCAGAGUAAACUCCCCACUCAAUUAAAUAACCCUGAGAGAGCUCCCGUCUCGGAACCAAAGGAUGUGCCCUUCUUGACCUCUUCUCAAAAGACACUGACAUCCUCUCACAACACCUCACGCUGUGCUCAAACUGAUAACCCUUUCAGAAUGGUAGGAAAGAACAUACCAGUUGAAGCUGGGAACUCAUCAUUUCUUCAAUUUGUGUUGAGCAGCACAAAUAUUUUGAAAGAGAAGAAAGCUGGUGCUACUGCAGAUAAAAUACUGACACGUCUCCUUUGUAAUGAAAAACCACCAGUAGGUUUAAUAGGCUCAGAUGGAAGCUUAUUACAAGACACUAGUGAGAGGAACAUAGAAAGUUUGAAAGAUGAGCAGGCAUUUACAGUUCACACAGCCCCUUCUGCUGCAUUGGGAUCUGAUGAAACUAAUUUCCAGAAAGAGGUAGCCCGGAAAAAAGCACCACUUACUGAAAAUUCAUCUUCUGAACAGAACAAUUGUACUUACUCUGUGGAAGAGCUAAAUGCAUGCCUUGGCUUGUGGAGAAAACAUGCUUCAGGACCUGUGAAUGUUCAAAAUAGCCCAGCAAAUGAAAGCCCCACAGCAAAUCCAACGUCACUGUUUCCUUGUACUCAAAACACAACAAAUAAUAGAGAACAAAGUAAUGUUACCGUUGGUACAAAUGAGGCAGUUCUGCCUUCAACAACUGUUUCUGUAGGACAAAAGCAUGAAACAUUGUGUUCCAAUUUGGUAAAAAGUUUUGAGCUCCAAGUUGCAGUAGUUUCUCCUUUAGUACUUUCUGAUCAUAGAACACAGAGUGAAGAGGCAGGCAAAUUUCCAACAUUGGCAGGUGUAACCUACCCCAUGAUUGAAUCAGGAAGCAUAUGUAGCUUGCUAAAAGAAGGGGAAAAUGUUUCAACUGUGGUAAAUACUGAAAAAGAAACAAUAGAAACUGUUCCUUCAUCACCUGAUGACUGUAUUCUAGUAGAGAACAUGGACUUAGAUUUGCAGCAGGCCAAAUCAGCUCAUGAAAAUGAAAUAGUUGAAAAGAGUGUGAGUGCAAGUGAUGCAUGUGAUAUAAACCAAAUGCAAGUCAGCAGAUCUGUGCAAGAUGCCAGGGACAAUCUGCAGCUUGGGUUGCCAGAUGAGUCUUCACUUCCAAAACUGGGUAGUCAAAUCUUUCAAGAAAAUAUAACAGACUUAAAUAGACAUAAAGACAAGCAAGCUGUGUUAAAGCAAGGAAAUAUUUCCACAGCAAUGCUAGAAGAUGUGAUUCAUAUUUCUAGUGUAUGUUCUCUUGUUGAAGGUGAUACAUUUUAUAAUCCACAAAUAGCAAGUAUGUUCAACUCGGCUCCUGUGACAAAUACAUUAAAUAGCGGUAGCUCAUUAAAAGAUAAUGCAUAUGACCUAAAGCAAAAGGAACAACAACUGGACUUUUAUAAAAAUGAAGUAGGCUUGGGAGAAAACCUUCUCCAAGGGGAGGGCUUUCUGCAGGCGACAUUAGAAGAAUUGUCAGGCUGCAUGAGCAAAGCAGAUAAGAUUUUGGAUGGUAUCACAAUUAGCAGUUCUGAGAAAGCAAGCAGUGGGUGUUCUCCUAAAAUACUUUCUACCUCAGAGCAGAAAAUGCCCAUAAAUACAUCUUGCAAGAAUCCUGAAAAUGGUUUUGAAAAUCUAGCUAGUACAAACCUGGAAUUAACUCAAAACACACAAGAUCCAUCACUUUGUGUAAGUGCUGAAACGGCCAUGCUCACUGUUACAAGAGACAGCAGUAAACAAGAUUGCACCUCUGGUAAAAACAGUGUAGGUGAGGAUUUUAAGAAUUCAAAUCUUUUUGGAGGAGAACCUGUCAAAUGGCUGCAUGAUCAGCUGACUGAACUUGUGAAAGAGUUUCCAUAUGGCAUUGAAGGUGCUAAUAUACUAACAAAAGAUCGAGUACAAAGUGAUUCCAUGGUUGAGUGUAUCACAGAUCAACCUCGAAAAGAAGCUCAAACUUGUAACAAAAGUUCUGAUCCAGUAAAUCAGGUACAAACUGCACUCUUAAGUUCUAAACAGAUCCAAGAACUGUUUCCUGAAUCCAACCAGCAUUCCUACAGUGAAAGCCAUGAAACAAGUCAACAGGCAGAAAAAAAUUCAAGUGAGAAAGAGAACCUUGAAAGCAAUAUUCACUCUGGUGAGAGCCUACGCAAAGAGAAAGAAAAAACAGACAAAACCUCAGACCCUGAAAGAGAAAAAGCUUAUUGCUGUUUAAUGGAUUGGUUUUCUGCAGAGUAUGCAAUGCCACCAUGCUCCUGUAAAUCUAGCAUAUCUGCUUCAGAGAAAAAUCAAAGUGAUAAUCAAAUUUCAGAAGCUGAAAAUGCUACUUCUAAAGGGAUAGAGGAAAGCAAUGAUAAAUCUGAUUCCAAAACAAAAAUGAACAACGCAAUGGGAAACCAACUGAUUGAAACAUUUCAAAAUGGUGUUGGCAAAAAUAAGAAAGGUGUAAGCAAGUACACCUCUGUAAUGAGCAAAGAGGCUAGGACGAAGGUGAGUAAUGAACUCACACCACUUGCAGUGCAGCAGGACAAUGCUAAACCAUUUAAUUCUUCGGAAAAGCAAGACUUUGAUAAAUUGAACAGAAGCAGCUGGAAGGAAGAGUUGCAAAUCUGUAGAAGAACCCCCUUGUUAGGGAAGGAGUCCCAUUCUGCCAAAAAAGAUUAUCAGAAUGCCUCUAAAGAGGAACUGUCAUCAGGAAAAGAUGGAUGUACAGAUGCAGAUAAUACGAUGUUGCCCAAAAAGAAAGAGAGAAUUUGCAAGAAAGAGGCCCUUUCAAAAGAUAAAACUGAAAUAGAUUCAGCUGUGAAAUGCAAGGCAGGCAUUCACAAGUCUAAAAACUCAGAAACUGUUGAAAUUAAGCAUUCUGAAGUCAACCAAGAACAUAACAACAAAAUCUGUGAAGAGAACACAGGCAAAGAUCAGAACUGUAGGAAACAAAAGGACAAACUUGGAAAAGAGGUAGCAGUUAGCAUCAAAGAGAAGGUAAAAUUAUCGGCGGAAACAAAACAUAAAAAGCUGAAUAGUUAUCGUUCUGACGCUAUUAAGUUCCCAAAUUUUAGCAAUGCAGAUUUAAAGUCAAGAAACCACAAAUAUUCUCAUCAUAAAUCUAUAAAAACUCUUCCUUCACAGGAGAGUUCAUACAAACGGAAGAGGAAAGAAAAUAUGAUUGGAAAGAAAGACCCUAAAAACACAAAGUUGGACGAUGAAAGACUAAAACAGUCUGAAGCAAAGAAUUCCAAGCAGCUUUUGCAUAAUCAAAUGAUGAAUACUGACAAGACUAAAAAAUCCAUUGAAGAAAAUGUCAAGAAACGUAAGAGCUCAUUAGCAGAUCACUCCGUCCUUAAACUACAGAAAAAAAUGGGCCAAUCUUCAACCUUCUCUAAAAACUACUUUUCUAACAAAGAGAGACAUCUUGAUGGUCAGAAUAAAGACAAGUCUUCUGAGAAAAUGUUUUCUGAUAAAAACCUACUAUAUUUAAACAGAAGAAAUAACAGAUUAAAAAUGUACCUUCAAAAGGAACCAAAAAAACACUAUCUGAACAGAGUUGCAUUUAGACGUACUGCCCAGGAAAGCAUAUAUCUGACCAAAUUAGAGACAUCACCUGUCAGACCUGUCUGGCACAUGAAGGCGAAAGCAUCACGGAAAACCCCAGAUCGGUUGGCUUCUCUCUCAGAAAAUGAAAAAUCACACAAAGUACUUGAAUUUAAACUGUGUCCAGAGAUACUGUUCAGAAAUCCAGCUCCUGAUGAAGAAAGCUCAGCUACAAAGAAUACCCUGGAAGGAGAUAAAUCUGUUGUGGCAGGCGUCAAGAGUAAAAAAGAAGAUUGGUUAAAAUAUGAUCCAGUGAAGCAAAGAAAGCUGGAAGGGACCUCUGCAGUUGAGGACAGUAUUCCACUUGAUACAGCUAUACAAAUCCUGGAAGGAGAUGAUGAGGCACUUCACUUUCCAGUCAAAGACUCAAAAGACAUGUUUCAGACUUACAGGAAAAUGUAUCUGGAAAAAAAAUGCAAAAGCCUAGAUAGCAUUCCUGUGUCAUAGGUCUGUCUGGAUAUCACUGGGAAAAAAACUGCCAAUACCAAAAUAUGUUUUUUCCUAUUUGCUUCGUAUUUGU